GGAAGCCAAGGUAUUGUCAUUCACUCCUCGCUUGCGUUCUUUUUCCGGCUUUCUGCCCAAACGUUAGACACACUCGAUUUUGCUGCGGAUUAAACAAUGUCUAAAAGAGGACGUGGAGGAUCAGCGGGAGGUAAAUUCCGCAUAUCGUUAGGUUUGCCUGUUGGUGCAGUUAUUAACUGUGCUGACAACACUGGAGCUAAAAACCUGUAUGUUAUUGCUGUGCAUGGAAUACGAGGCCGUCUAAACCGUUUACCGGCGGCUGGAGUCGGUGACAUGUUUGUUGCCACAGUCAAGAAAGGAAAACCCGAAUUGAGGAAAAAGGUAAUGCCAGCCGUCGUUAUUCGGCAGCGAAAACCAUUCCGUAGACGUGACGGUGUUUUUCUGUACUUCGAAGACAACGCUGGUGUCAUAGUGAACAACAAAGGUGAAAUGAAAGGGUCUGCCAUCACGGGUCCUGUUGCAAAGGAAUGUGCUGACUUGUGGCCCCGUAUUGCUUCAAAUGCUGGGUCAAUAGCUUAAGGGCACAAUCGAUUCAAUGCGUCAACUAGUACCCAAGAUGGUGCGUAACAUCAACCGAAACAGUGUCGGAUAAUAAAAAGACGCAAUCGAUAAACAGUAA